AUGAGUUACUUCAAAAAGGAAGACAGUGGAGAUGGACAAGGAACACACAGGGCCGCAUUCAAUGCAGCAAAGAACAAGUUAUUACAGUCUGGUUUUCUUACGCACUAUGAUUUGUCUGGACCAGUCAAGCUAAAAUGUGACGCAUCCCAAUAUGGAAUAGGAGCCUGUUUGAGUCACGAGUUUGAGGAUGAAUCGAAGAGACCAGUGGCAUUUGCUUCACGGACACUGUCAUCAGCAGAAAAGGGCUAUGCCCAAAUAGAGCGUGAAGCACUGGCAAUCAUUUUCGGCGUUCGUCAUUUCCACAAGUUCCUCAUUGGUCGAAGAUUUACACUAGUGACAGAUCACAAACCUUUGGUCAAAAUUCUGGGACCUAAACAGGGCAUCUCAGCGUUAGCAGCAGCAAGGCUGCAGAGGUGGGCACUAAUUUUAAGUGCAUAUGAGUACAACCUGGAGUAUAUGGCUGGAGAGGAGAAUAAGGAAGCAGAUAUGCUGUCCCGACUGCCAAUGGAAGUGAAUGUCAUAGACCCUAACCAGGAAUUGUACCAUGUGGAUUGCUGUGAAAAUCUACCUGUAACAGCAGCAGAAGUAGCACAAGAGACUAAAGCAGAUCCAAUUUUGAGACGGGCAUACCAGUAUACAUUGUCUGGAUGGAACUGGAAAAGUCACAUGGAUCCAAGGUUACAACCCUACUCACGACGGUCAGAUGAACUUAGCGUUGAAGAGAACUGUUUACUUUGGGGAACACGUGUGAUAAUACCGCAAAAAUUACAGUCAAGAGUUCUAGCAGAUCUUCAUGAAAAUCACCUAGGUUCAAAUCGAAUGAAAGCAUUAGCUAGAUCAUAUAUCUGGUGGCCGAGUUUGGACAUGACGUUGGAAGAAUUGUGCAAGAAAUGUGAAAUUUGCCAAAGUCAGAGGAAUAAACCGCCUGCUGGUAUUCCUCAUCCAUGGAUGUAUCCCACAGCACCUUGGGAGAGAGUUCACGCGGAUUUCGCAGAGUUUGAAGGUCAACAUUAUCUUAUUAUGAUUGACGCAUUUUCGAAAUGGUUGGAAGUGCAUGAAAUGGUCACUAGUACAACGGCUAGUAGGACAAUAGAGGUUAUGAGGCGAGUUUUUAGUUUUCAUGGCAUUCCAGGACGAUUGGUGACAGAUAAUGGUCCACAAUUCAGGUUAGUAGAAUUUCAGGAGUUCAUGAAAGGAAAUGGUGUCAAACACCAACUCACCCCUCCGUAUCACCCAUCGAGCAAUGGACAAGCAGAACGAGCAGUUCAAAUCUUCAAGAGAUCUAUGGAGGCACGACCUAGAGGACGCACUAUUCGACAUCAAAUAUCUAUAUUACUGCUGCAGUAUAGGUCGACUCCAAAUACCUCAACAGGAAAAACGCCGUCCGAAUUGCUAAUGAAGAGAGUCUUACGAACAAGACUAAGUCUUGUUAAGAUUAAAGGUUGCUUUUCGGAGGCUAGAACGCAUAAAACAAUCUAA